CUGACCAACUGUAAAGACAGAGGUGAGGAAACGUGAUGGAGGAAAAGGGAAAAGAGAACGGCAUAGCAGCUAUGGCAGCCUGCUACCAGAAAUUUGAUCCCACAGCAUAUUUGCAGUACAACUACACUCCACCACGCGCUGAUUUUGCAAGAAAAGACAGCAUCGUGCCUUGGAAACUGGCCUGUUUACACAGAGCUUUCACUGAAGGGGAUGUGAGCGGUGAGCUCCUGGUGGACAUCGGAUCAGGUCCCACUUUUUAUCAGGUGAUGAGUGGCUGUGAAGUUUUCAACAAACUGAUCCUGACAGAUUUCUUGGAGAUCAACCGCCGGGAGCUGAGGCGCUGGCUCCAGGAUGAGGGAGGAUGCAGCCUGGACUGGACUCCCUACCUGGAGCAUGUCUGCAAGCUGGAGGGCCGACGGUCCUCAGCUUGGCCUGAGAAGGCUACCCGGCUGCGUCAGGUCGUGUCGGACAUCCUUCCGGUUGACGUGCACUGUUCCCAGCCUGUGGCUCCGGACUCGCUUCCCCCAACCGGGGCCGACUGCCUGGUGUCCUGCUUCUGCCUGGAGAGCGUCAGCCCCGACCUCCCCGCCUUCACCAGGGCGCUGGGUCACAUCGGGAAGCUGCUUCGUCCCGGAGGCCACCUGAUGCUGAUCGGAGCCCUGGGAGAGAGUUAUUAUUUCGGUGGUCCAGGGGUGAGGAUCCCCGUGGUGCCCCUGAAUGAAGCCCAGGUCUGUGAGAGUUUGAGGGAAACCGGUUACACCCUGAUCAGGCUUGAAGUCUACACUCUGCCUCAGGAUAUGCGGGUUGGAGUCGAUGAUGUGACUGGGGUGUUUUUCGCAAAGGCGAAGAGGGAUUAAUUGAGGUCCCUGGCAUUUGCUGCUUAUUAGUCAAAUAUAAGUUGAGCAGUCAAAUAAAUUCACACUUGUUUUUUUGUUGUUGUUUUUUUUUCUUUCGUUGAAUGAGAAGUUAGUUUAAAUGUAAAUGGAGAAAGAAAAAAAUCCUCAAAAGUAAAAAUGUUUUCCAAGUUUCUCGGGCUUUAGCUGUGAGGAACGCAGUUAAAGACUGACCCCUGCUGGUGAAAUACGGCUACUACAGCUGACACAGAAACUUCUAGUAGUCAAAACAUUUUGUGUCAUUUGUAAAAGUUUUAUCUAUCUAUUCUAUGUCUGUCUUGUUCGCUUAUAUAAAUAUGCUCCAUAUAUGUUUAUCCAGAUAUUGAGAAAGCAUAAAAAAUAUAUAAUUUA